UUGUCAUAGUCUUGUUGGAAGAUUUCAGUCAAAAUCUUCCUCUGAAUGUGAACUUGAAUCAUGUUUUUUCUCACUCUGUAGGGUACUGGGCAGCAGUGCAGACAAAAAAGCAAAGAAACACAGGCCUUAGGCCUCCCACACAACUGCAACAAUGUGGAAGAUCGCCAGGUUCAUUCUGCUUGUAGCUGUGCAGGUGGGUGUGGCUCAGGGUCAGCCAGGCUGCCCUCAAAGCUGCUUCUGUUAUCCCAAUUACAUCGCGUACUGUCGUAACCUGGACGCCAUGCCCGUCGGCCUGAGUCCACGUACAAGAGGUCUCCUCGUCGCAGACAGUACCUUCACGACCCUUCCAAAGAACGCCUUCAUGGGGCUUCCGUACCUCGUAGAGCUGAAUAUUACAGAGACCCUUCUAGCAAGUAUCCACCCAGAUGCCUUCAAUGGGUUGAAGAAACUUGAAGUGCUGGACCUUUCAAACAACAAGCUCAAAACCUUUCCUGGAGCAGCCAUGGCCAAACUUGGGAAAAAACUGAAGUCUCUAAACCUGGGUGGUAACUGGCUAGCAGGAAGUCUUACAGCCGACUCCUUUAAAGGCUUGGAGGCUCUUGAGGGGCUCUAUCUGUAUAAUACCAACUUUACCACAAUUGAAGAAGGGCUAUUUGCAAGUCUGAAGAAACUUACCGUACUGGAUCUCUCCAAAAACAACUUCGAGGCUCUUCCCGAGGGAGCAAUCAAGGGACUUGACAACUUGAAGGAAAUCGUCAUGUUUGGAAACCCUUUUACCUGCGACAAAGAUGCAUCUUGGCUUAGCGGCUGGAUCGAGAAGAACCCACCUGAGAUCGGAGCUGGUCCCACCUGUAUGGAUCCUCCACGCUUUGCUGGUUAUGCUGCAGCUGCCCUUUCAAGUGAAGUACUUUCAGCAGAGUAUGAAAUGAAACUGAUAGACUGCAAUGUUGAACCAACACCACCACCAGAUACUCCACCAGGGGAGGACCGCCCUCCUCCUCCUGUCCAGGCAGCCAGUAUCAAAGGCCUCGUCUGGAAAUGCCCAUCCACCUACGUCCUCAAAGCUGGUCAGUUCGAAGAGUACACUGACCUUGAGGAGCUGGACAUCAGUGGAAAUGGCAUUAUCGACAUUGAACCUGGAGCCUUCAGUUCUCUCAACAAGCUGAAGGUUCUCUACCUGAGCGAAAAUUCCAUCAAACGAAUCAAACCAGCAGUGAUGAACGAUCUGAAGAGUGUUGAAGUCUUGGACGUGUCUGGAAACAAAAUGUCCUACCUUCCUGCAGAUAUCAAAGAGCGGUUACCAAAGAUAAAGUUCAUCGUUGGCUACAACAAUCCAUGGUCCUGCGAUUGCAACCUGGCUGCCAACAUGGACUUGAUUGCACACUACUUCCAUGAAAUCCCUGCCAUCUGUGCUGCUCCUCAAGAGUUGGAGGGUCGGGAAGUGCGAGAAGUUCCUGAAGAGGCAAUGACCUGCACCCCUCCAGUCAUCACCUACAUUGAUGAAUACGUGACAGUGAAGGAGGGCGGGGACGCUUUCCUGAACUGUGAGAUAGCUGGCCUUCCUGUUCCACCUGCACAGUGGAAGACACCUGACGGUAAGAUUGUCACCAUUGACGAACCAGUUGGAAACAAGGAGGUUCUCGAUAACGGGACCCUUUGGAUCAAGAAUGCUGUGGCUGAUGAUGGUGGUAACUACGUCUGCAUUGCUGACAAUGGAGGUGGAAUAGAUAUGGCAAAUGCCACAUUGCGAGUCUGUCCCAGAGUUUGUCGCUGCCUGGACAUUUUGACAGUCCACUGCUUCGAAGCUGACAUUUCGAAGAUUCCGGCUGAUACACGUUUGUUCUUAAUGCUGGGCACUGACCUAACUGAGGUGAAAAAGGACUUGUUCAAAGAUUUGAAGGACUUAGAGGAACUGGAUCUCGACAAUAAUCAAAUCACUGACAUUGAAGUUGGAUCAUUUGACGGCCUUGAAAACUUACGACUGCUCUUCCUGUACAGGAAUGCUUUAGAAAAACUCGCAUCAGGCUUAUUCAAGGGCAUGACAAAUCUCCUACAGAUCUACUUGUCCUCGAACAACAUCACCACAGUAGAAGAUGGAGCAUUCGAGGGCCUUGAAAAUCUACAGUUGAUCCAGCUUCAUGAAAAUAAGAUUGAAGAGAUCGGUGAUGGUGCCUUUAAGGGACUUCCAACUCUUAUUGACUUGGACCUCCACCUUAACAACCUCACAACCGUCCCAGGAAAGGCCAUCACGUCUCUUGAAAACCUCAGGCGUGUGCAGCUUUUUGACAACAAAAUCAAGAUCGUCAAGGAAGACGAUUUCAAGGGUUUGGAAAGCCUUCAGCUGAUCUAUCUUCAGAACAAUGACAUCCAGGUGAUUGAAAAUGGUGCCUUUGCAGAUCUUCCUGACUUACAAUGGCUGGACCUUUCAAAUAAUAAGAUAGUGAUCAUUCCUGCAGGUGUGUUCAAAGGACUUGAUGCACUACAACGUCUAGACUUGAGCAACAAUGCCCUGGUGACCUUACCUGCAUCCCUCAGGACUGAGCUUCCUUCCCUGAGGUUUGUAAUCGGAGCAGGAAACCCCUGGCACUGUGACUGCAACAUGAUUCCUCUCCGAGGGUGGUUCGGGUACUCCCCUGACCAACCACCCCCCCAAGGAGCAGGGCCUGCCCAGGGGGAUCCCCCCUUCCGGCCGUACUACGAGCCCGACCCCCUCCUUCUACAAGAGUUCCUCCAGCGCGCAGGUGAAGGUCCCUUCCAGCCUGCUGGCCACUACGGAGGUAGAAGACGACGUCAAGCGCCGGGUGGCUUUGCCUCGUGUGCGACUCCGAUAGCGUACGCCAACCAAGAUGCCAACACCAUCCCGCUCUCCAGCCUGAUUUGCGAGGCCAUCCUCUUUGUCGAAAACGGCCUCGCCGUCCUUAUUGGUGAAUCCGCAGAACUGCCCUGCAACAUCUCCAAGGAGACCGGCGUCGGCAAGUUCUGGGCAACGCCCCAAGGAGCUGUCGUCAAGUUCGGUGGCAGCGUGAACAAGACAAAAGUGGCCGCCGACGGCACCCUGACCAUCGAGAAAGUGGCGGAAGAAGACGCGGGCGCGUACGUGUGCGUGGGAGGGGAAGAACCUGUUGUUUACUUCCUGAACUACGUGAAGGAGGUCACCACGCCACCUCCUCCGCCAACGGAGCCACCAAAAGUAGAAGAAGAAGAGGAACCCCCAAAAUUGGAGCCACCAGAAGAGGUCGAACCCCCGCCAUUCCCACCUCGGGGAGUGGAUGAACCACCUGAGACGUUCCCGGAUGGCGGACUACUGCCGGCACCACCGAUUGGGUUCCCUGACUUCCCAGACCCCGGCCCUCCACGACAACCACCACCAGGCAUAAGACCCUUUGGCGGCCCAUGAAAGUAACCAAGUAGAGGUGACGUAGCAAAGACACUAUGACAACAGACCUGACAAACUGUGAGUAACCAUCAACCACAAAAAUGAACACAGGAUAAGGGAAGUGAUGAAUCAAAGCAAGUAGCCUGGUUACCAGACCUAUUUUAGUCCAAUUUAGACCUAAAAUAGGUUUGGUAACCAGGCUACUUGAGAUAUUGAUAUACAAGUAUGCCUCAAACAGCUCUAAAAGUGCAGGACAUGUAUUUAUGCAGGGCAUUAUCUAGUGCUGUGGGACUUCAUAAGGGAGUUGCAAUUAGCAAGAGACAAUAUCAUUAUAAGCCUUCGAAAAAUAUAUAAAAUUUGCUUUUCUCUACGCUUUCUACAGGCUACGGCUUCAAGAUUACUGGUCCGUUCAAAUAACCCACUGUAUAAAACAACAGCCAUAUAUAUGAACAAGGCAGUAACCAUAAAGUAGUAGCUAGGAAGGAAAAAACACCAAUAUUUAGACAUUGCCUUGGCUUGUGGUGUCUCUUUCCACCUCCCCAGACAUCUUAAUUAAUGAUCUCCCCCAUGAAAACAAACAGGCUGAUAACAACAGCAGGGAAACUGCUGAGUUUACACAACAGGGGGCAACCAGUAAUUAUACCUGGGGAGGGAGGACAAUCAGGGACUAACCAUUUUAUAAGGAGUAGGGAUGCCAAGGACAUUUAACCUUGAUCAAAUUUUAAAAAAUCUCAAGAUACCAAUUGCACUGUUUUUCCUUUGGAUAUGCUUUGUAAACAAAAUGUUAUAAGAUCAUGCAUAGGACAAAGUAUUUUGAUAGUGUAUAAAUAGCUGUGCCAGUUAUCAUCAAAUUGCUUGUCUGCAAUUAGAUUGUUGGCUGUUAUAUUAAAUAUAACAGAUUUAAAGAUAGUGACACUGCUUUGCAAGCCAACUAAUGUAACUGGACUUGUAUUAUAAUGUAAUACAGUAUAUUCCCAUUGGUCUGCAAUGGAUAGCCAAUGCAAUUAUGUUACGGAAGCUUUAAAGAUGUAUUCAUUAUGUUAUACUUUAAGUAUUAUACAUUGUACAAUAGCUUUAUGCAUGCAUCUGUAUCUGAUAUGUAAUGAUAAAUUUACUCAAAGGACUAAAAUGGUAUCGAAGAGAUGUUCCCAUGCACAUGUAUCAUUAACAGUGGUAGAAAUACUUUUUCCAGCAUUCUGCAAUAUUGCGGAAUGUCAAAAUUUUAUUCUGCAAUUCAGAUAUACUUUCUGCAAAGACACAAAGUCUGGAUCUAAACGCAUGGCAUAUACUAUGAUAUAGAAAAUUGCAUGUUGGCAAACAUUUUACAUGCAAA